GUGAUAGUGAGUGGCUCUGUGGGCUGGUGGGGAGACUUAUUUCUUGACUUGCGCAGAUAAUGUUUCCCGUGGAGAAAGUAGUUGUGCACCCACUGGUGCUGCUCAGUGUGGUGGACCACUUUAACAGAGUGGCCAAAAUUAGCAUCCACAAGCGAGUUGUUGGUGUCCUGCUGGGGUCAUGGCAGAACAAUGUCCUUGAUGUGUCCAACAGCUUUGCCUUGCCUUUUGAUGAAGAGGAUGAAUCUGUGUGGUUCUUGGACCAUGAUUACUUGGAGAAUAUGUUUGGGAUGUUCAAAAAAGUCAAUGCCAGAGAAACUGUAGUUGGUUGGUAUCACACAGGCCCAAAGCUGCAUAAAAAUGACAUUGCCAUCAAUGACCUCAUAAAGCGGUAUUGCACAACUUCAGUUUUAGUUAUUAUUGAUGUAAAGCCUAAAGCUCUUAGUCUGCCCACUGAAGCCUACAUUGCUGUAGAUCAACUCCAUGAUAAUGGUACUCCAACCUCCAAGACAUUUGAACAUGUGAACAGUGAAAUUGGGGCAGAAGAAGCAGAAGAAGUCGGUGUGGAGCAUUUACUUAGAGACAUCAAAGACACAACUAUUGGAACUCUGUCACAGCGCAUUGCUUAUCAAGUGCAAGGGCUGAAGGAGCUAAAUUUGAAACUACUAAUCAUCAAGAGCUACUUGGAGAAGGUGGUCACUGGCAAGUUGCCAUUAAACAAGCAGAUAAUUUAUAAUCUUCAGGACAUCUUCAGUUUUCUCCCUGAUGUCAACCUGCGAGAGUUUGUCAAGACUUUGUACAUCAAGACCAAUGACCAGAUGCUGAUGAUCUACCUGGCUUCUCUCAUCCGUUCUGUGGUGGCGCUUCACAACCUCAUCAACAACAAGAUUGCCAAUCGUAAUGCAGAAAGGGAAGAAGGUAAUGCUUCCUCCAGGAUGAAGAAGUGAACUACAGCUGCUAAUAAUACUGAAACAUGAUUAUGCUGGAGACCAAAGGGUGUCUGUAUUUUUUUCUUACUGUUUUCUUGCAAGGUAUCUUCUAGCCAACAUUGUCAGUAUGCCUGGCAAAGUAACUCCCCCCC